AUGACGAUGGAGGGUGCUGUGGCGCGAGGCCAGCACCGAGGACAUGCUCGACCGGCUGCUACCACUUCUGCCGCAGCCCGAUCUCCCCUUCGAGACUGUCGCGUGGCAGCCCCUGGGAUGCUGAUCCGGAACCGUGUUGGCAGCAAUGCGCAAAACAUCACCUCGCCAAGCUACAUUAGCAAUGGCUACCACCGAACUGGUACUGCAAACCCUGUGCCGCGCCAGCAAGGCCGUAUCACAGCAGGCAAGCGAUCACGCCGUGGAGGUGAAGGCCAAGGUGCUCCGGGAGCUGCGGUCUCUGCUGGCGGCAGCGCGCUCCUGUCCGUGCCGACGCCCAUUCGGAGUACCAGUGCUCCCAGCCUUCCAGGCGAAGCGCUCGUCUUUGAGGUGACGACCAAAUCACCCGAAGCAAGGAAGGGAGCUGUGAGUCCACAACAAGUGGUGGCUACGGCUUCACCGCCUGUGGCCCAGCCAACGGCGCAGCCUCAGCCAACAGCUCCAGUGCAGCCGGCGCCGCAGCCCAAGCCACAGCCACCGACUCUGCCACAGACCACCGAGGUUCCUACCGAGCAGGGCAUUAUGAAUCACCUUCCAUGGCUGUCGGAGAAGCGCACUUCGCUUCUUCAGCUCUUGGCCGAGUGGUCGCAGAGCCACCGCGUCCUAGAUGAUCUUACCGACCGACUCCGACGCCUGGGCAGAGACCGCCCGGCCGACCAGGGACCCUGCGAGUUGGAGACAGGCCUUAGGCAAGUGAUCGCCAUGGUAAGCGUAAUCAACACAGCAAUGUGGCGCAGCUGUGCUGUUAUAUGGUGUCGACGAGCACGGCCCAAUUCGAGGCGUUUGCUCUGCUUGCAGAAGUCAUUUGAAGCCUCACAACGCCUUCUCGGUGACCAUGGCUGGUCCAGAAUGGUUGCGACUUCCACAGACAGCGCCUGUUUUCUGCAUAAGCGACCAGUGCGCUCAGUGAACUUCAGCGCCGGUGGACAACUGCUGUGCACGUCCUCAGAGGAUGGGACAGCACGGGUGUACGAGCUGGAGACGGGUCGCAUGGUCAAGGAGGUCGACCACGGGACCACGAUUUGGUGGUCCGAUUUUAGUUGUGAUGGGUCGAUGCUGUGCACAGCUUCGGACGAUCGAUCCGUUAGAGUCUACGACUGCAAAACUUGGAAGCUGUUGGAGAUGUUUGGCCAUGGGCUGCCUGCGAAAUGCGCGAGCUUCAGCCCGGAUGGACAGUCCGUUGCAACAGCCUCCGGCGACGCUUUCGUGAGGAUAUUUGAUUUGAACGAAGGAGACGAGGUGGCCAAGCUGAAGCAUGACAGCUGGGUCGUUUCUGUCCGCUACAGCCCUGAUGGCACAUUACUCGCCACAGGCUCGGCAGACAAGUGCAUCCGCAUCUUUGACGUCACGGCUCCCGAAGCCAAGCUGGUUUCAAAGAAGAAGUUCAGCGGCCUUGUGACUUCCGUGGACUUCAGCCCGGACUCCAGGCUCAUCUGUGCGAGCACGACUCGCAAAGAAGACCAGACCCAGAUCUUCGAGGCGGUGACUGGGCGCUGUGAGAUGGCCAUUGAGCAAGAUGCUCUGACCGUCUCCACCAGGUUCUCUCCUGCUGGUGACAGAGUCUGCGUAGUGUCCGGUGAUCACGCCCGCGUCUACGACGUUGAGUCCGGCGAGAUGAUUCGCUGCUUCGAGCAUGGCGUCCACGUGAAUUAUGCUGCAAUGCGGGCUGAUGGCCUGCUCUGCACGGCUGCGAUGGACGGUGCUGUUCGCUUCUUCACCCUGGGGGACGGCCCUACAGGCCGGGACCUGCUGCAGCAGUUCGAGUUCUUGGAGCUCAAGACAAGCACCUAUGAAAACCUGCGCGUGGCCUUCCACGGUGCUGGAGAGCCAGCGCCCGUGUUGCCAACUCCUCCUUCGCGGCCGCCGGAGAUGUUUCCACCCUCGCCAGAGAAGAUGGUUAUGCUCAAGGACGUGGAGGUUGGGUUAAGCGCCAUGCCAGUCGGGCGUCCCGCUGCACCGCCAGUGGUUCCCAGGUUGCGUUUGGGCGCUGCCAAGAACGGUGUUGACAUCGAUUCUGCGGCCACCAACCUCAGUGGCACGCCUUCGAUGCAUUCUUCUGACGAGUCGCUCUGCUCCCCAGCUGCGGGCACCGCCCCGCCUCUGCCAAAGGACAUUACACACAUGGCGGGCUUGUUAGCCAGAAGCCAGUCCUGUGUGACUCUUCACGAGCGCAAGGCCUGUGUGGAAGCGUCGCCGCUUACGAAGCAGAGGAUCCUUCACCAGGCGGUGGUGGCUGAAGAAGAGGAGGUUGCGGACCUUCCGAUGACUCGCUGGGCAUCGAGGCCGGCUCCCAAUUCUUCCAGUCCCGGAGUGGACCCACGCAGCGUCGCCGUGCAGAGCAUGCCCGUGGGCAGAAGUGCUUCUUCGCCGAACCCGGCCUCUCCUUCCAAGCAGGACGUUGUGCGAUCCCCACAGGCGAACGAAAUCAUGCCCAGUCUUCAUAGGUGCAUGCUUGCCAUUCCGUGGAAGUUCGAACAACGAAAGCAAGCCAUUGAUUGUGGAUUCAGUCCCGAUGCGUGUCAGCAGCUUUUGAUUGACAUCCUUUUGAUUGGUUUUUCUUCCGCAGACAUGGCUGCGUUCCUCAAAGCUGUCCUUGGACUGUUGGGACUGUUUGCCCUCUUCGGCCUUCUGGGCUGCGUCACAGAAAGCACUCGGGAUGCACGCAUCGACGAGCGCCAUGCUGUCCACAAGUGGAUGCAAAAUGCGAGCUUCUCCAGCUUUGUGGUUGCGCAGAGCGAAACUGCCAAGUUGCAUCCCGGCUUCUGGGGACGUGAGACAUGGCUUGGAACAGUGGUGAGUGGUUCGGUGAAGUGGCCUGUCUCAACUUGGAGAGCGAACUUCCACUUGCUCCCAUCCUUGGUCACAAGUGGUGAAGCUGUGGCCAUGAAGCAGCUGUUGGUUGAUGCCCCGAAUGAUUUCGAUGAGGAUAUCGAUGGGGUCGACAAAAUGGUGACCUACGAGUUCAUCAUUUCCAGCGCUGGGGCACGCAAGGCCCACGAUCCUGUGAGGGAGUCCUUGCGCCAGCGCCUGCGAGCCGUCACCGAGCCAAUCAUCCGAGACCGUAUCCAGCCCUUCGUUUGGAAGCGCUACCCGAAUGCGGGGGCUGUGUGCCAUUCGAUGAUCCGCCGCUACUUGCUGCACGAGCGCCGUACCCACGACACACACUGGGAUAUUCCCUCGUAUGUCUCUGUGGUCGUCAGCCUGGAUUCAUCGGGCCGCGACUUUCACGGAGGCUUUUUUGUCACCACCGGCAACGGCGAGAAGUCUUUCAUUCCUCUACAGCAAGGUGACACCGUCGUACAUCAGUCUGAUCUUCUUCACGGAGUGCAUGUCAAGGCAGGAGAGCGAUGGAGUUGGGCUAUGUGGUUCCAGGACUCCAGCGACUGCAGCUCACAGUCGGCCGACUGGUGGAAAAAAGAGGCAGAGGGAGGCGACCCCGUCGCCCAAACACUUCGCGCAAUGCGCGCGGCCACACCCGAAGAAUCUUGGACCUGGCUGGAGACAGCGGCCAAUAGUGGCUUCCCUCGUGCCCAGCUUUACUUCGGGAAGGCAAUCGAGGAUGGUCUCCAAGGCAAGCCAAACCACGAGAAGGCCUCCUACUGGUACGAGCAGUCUCGCCAAGGCGGUGAGAUAGACUCCUGCUACUAUCUGGGGCUGGUAGAGAGGCGUCGAGGCAAUAUAAGUGGGGCCAUGCAUUUAUUCCGACAGGGUGCCAUAUCUGGCGAGCCCAAUGCAAUGGGACAGCUGGCAACCGGAUAUCAAAACGGAACCGGAGGUCUUCCCAGGGAUCUCGAUCUCGCUACGGAUUGGUUCGAACGGGCUGCUGACUUCACCGUCGAGGCCAUGUACCAGAGUUACGUGCUCUAUUCCGAGGCAACUCCGAAGCGCAGCAAAGAUGAAGCAAAGGCCCGCAUGCACUUGGAGCGCGCGGCGCGGAUGGGCCACGAGACGGCAAUGAAGAAGUUUAUCGAGCCAUUGGCCCGGGAAGGUAACUGGGAAGCCGUGGCUCCGUGGCUGAUCCGGAUUGAAUCCAAAGCAGCACUCUCACAGUUCGUGAAGUUGCACCAGCGCGGUGUUCAGAUCAACGCGUUCACCCUCUUCCGUGCAGAAGAGGUCCUGCGAGACUUGGCAGAGCAGGGCUUCGAUGAUGCAAAAAAUCUUCUGCAUCAACUGUUGAACCCUCUCCUUCCGUUCUUACGUGUGGUCUUCUGCGAGUUGAAGGGCUUGAGACAGGGCCGGCUGUUUGAUGAGCAGACCAUGACGGGACGAGCAGCAGCGCUACUUCUCCAUAUCCCGAUGGUGCUGGACAUUGCUGGACAGUUCUUGCAGACGAUCAUCUUUCCUUUCGGGCUUCCUGAGAGUGCUUACGAGUUGAGGCUUGUGGAGUGGACAAUGGUGGCGUUCCAUCCUCGACCACAGAUCGCAGGGGUUCCUGGCGCAGCUGUUGCCCUCGUGCCGUGCGCCUGUGCCUGGAAGUGA